AAGCAAUCAGAAUGACAUCUCAACCCCACUGGCGCCAUCUGGCGACUCAAAAAUACCAAGAAUGUCAAGACAAAAUACCUCUCGAAUGGCGCCUUCCCGAAGACUUUGUAUCUAGUCUUCCUCCCACACUUCUCGACGCAGAUAUACCGCGUCGCAGUGGAAUUCUAUCCGAUGAAGAGCUGAAUAUUACGGAGAACUACACGGCGAGAGAGUUACUGGCUAAACUGGCAGAUGGAAGCAUAAGUUCGGUGCUGGUGACGAGAGCAUUUAGUAAACGGGCUGCGAUUGCGCAGCAGGUGACAUCAUGUUUGACGGAAAUAUUCUUCGACAAAGCACUGGAGCGAGCAGAAUAUCUGGAUGAGUAUUUAGAAAAGCACGGAAAACCGAUCGGACCCCUCCACGGUCUCCCGAUUAGCUUGAAAGAUAGCUUUUGUCUUGAAGGUAUCCAGACGACCAUUGGAUAUGUGUCGUAUCUGGGGCAUCCUCUUCCAGAGAAGAAUUCUGCGUUGGUGGAUAUAUUACUUGACCUUGGUGCGGUGCUUUAUGUCAAGACGAAUAUUCCGCAGACUAUGAUGACAGCAGAAUCCCACAACAACAUCUUCAACCGCGCCCUCAACCCACACAACACCCAUCUUGGGGCCGGCGGAUCGAGCGGCGGCGAAGGCGCACUCAUCGCCUUCCGGGGAUCGAUACUCGGUGUAGGCACAGAUGUAGCUGGGUCGAUUCGCAUCCCUGCGCUGUGUAAUGGUGUGUAUGGCUUCCGACCGACUGUUGAUCGGAUUCCGUACGGAGGACAGGCGAAGAGGAUGUGGGCGGGUGUGCCUAGUAUCAAGGCUUGUGCGGGACCGUUGGGCCAUAGUUUGGAGGACUUGGAGAUGUUCAUGAGAUGUGUUGUUGGUGUUGAUCCGUGGCGGUAUGAUGUGAAUGCGUUGUCGAUGGGGUGGAGUGGUAUACAGGAGGAGAGGAAGUUGAGGAUAGGAGUGUUGCCGGUGGAUGAGCAUUAUCCGCUUCAUCCGCCUGUGCGACGGGCGUUGAAUAAGGCUGUUGAUGAACUGACGAGACAGGGACAUACCAUCGUCUAUCUCGAUGAUAUACCCUCACGGAGUCUUUCCCUGGCCAGCAGAAUCGCCUUUCAGUACUUCUUCUACCGUCCCAAAGACAACGCCAUUACAGCCAGCGGUGAACCGGAAAUCCCAUCUGUUGCAAAGUGCUGGUCGCCCAUGUUCACGGGUCCAGCGGUGGCUGAGGAGAAUGCAGAUCCAUUCACGCAGAUCAGCCAGUUGUAUACAGCUCGACUGGCGUAUUGUGAGGCGUGGAGAGAUGCGUGGAUGCAGAAUGGAUUAGAUGCUGUUGUUGCGCCGGGGAGUCAGAGUACGGCUGUUCCACAUGACACGUUUGGAUGGCCUUCGUAUACGGCGAUUUGGAAUGUGUUGGAUUAUCCGUGUUGCAUCAUUCCAUAUGGGAAGGCGUCAAAGGAGUUGGAUCCAGAGCCGAUGAUGGUCAACGAUGAUCAGCAGCCGAGCUAUAACCCCGAUGAACAAGAUGGAGCACCAACGUCUAUACAGGUGAUUGCUCGCCAAUUCCAGGAUGAAAAGUGUCUUUGGGCUGCGCGGAUUAUCAACAAUGCAUUGAACAGAUAGAUAGCUAUAUAGUAUGAUUACGGCUUAACGGCCCUUCUAGCCAGAAUCGCCGAUGACUCGUUCAGUCUGUUCCAAUCAUGUGCAUCUCGACAGGCUUGACUGCUCAGCCUGACUGCCUGUCGGGUUCGUCCUCUCAUUUCCCUUUCGUAUUCGUCGAUGGCUGUGUUCAGAUCUGUGUCUUCUGAAUAAAUGCGUUCAAUGGCGUUGGCUAGCCAGAAUGCAUCCAACAGUCCGUGGUUUGCUGCUUCACCGCGAU